AUGGAGAUUGAAAAACAAUCGGAACCUGAUAGCACAACAUUAGAAAAAUAUGUCAGACAACAAUUUAGAAAAGAUGAAGAUGUGCUUUGUUUGAAUAGUAAAGAUGGUUGUUUUUAUUUAGAAUUUUUGGACAAUACAAAAAUGUGGUCUUCCUUUAAAGAUCUUAAAAGUUUCGCACCGCAGGAACCUGAAAUUUGUUAUGUGUGUAAGGAGGCACAAGUUAAAGAUGAGAAUAAUAUAAUUGUAUGUAAAUGUGAGAGAGAAUGCCAACAGGAGAGUCAUGAGGUUAAUUCCAGUACUGAAUAUUAUGGAAGAGGUCUAGUCAAAAGAUCAACUCCAUUUCCGGUUUCGGAACAAGCAAACAAUUUAGAUACGAGGUUUCGUUCGCACGCGGUACGCAAAGCAAGACGACUGUUAAAUAAAAAUCUUAAAAGGAAGAAGAAGACUGCUGCUGCUGCUGCUGCUGACACAUCCGUCCUUCAAUCAAGGGUUAACGUGGAAUCAUCCACGGAAGAAAAGAAAAAUGAUGAUAAAAUUAGUCAUAAAAAUUUUCCACAAACGUUUGAAGGAUUCAUACAAUUGAGAAAGAGAAGAAUGAAAAUUCACGCGAAACAAAAUAAUUUAGAAAUAAGAAAACGACCUCAGAGAAAUUUAUUAGAAGCCAGACUGAAUUCAACGGAGAGUAAAUUAUACAAUCCGUUCACGCCGGUCGAUAAUUCGGAAGCGAAAAGAAAUCGAAACGCGGUUCAAGAAAAUAAAAGAUCGGAAAUUAGUUCCUUUAAAAAAUCCAAAUCAAAACAAGCCAAAUCAUGUGAACAGAAACACAAAAACGUGAAGCCAAAACUCGUGCAGAAAACAAUAUACGAUUCAUUUAAUUUAAGAAGUGCCGAAAAACAAAAAUACGAAAUGAGCAUGGCUUUACUACCCAAGUGCAAAGUGAAAGAAAGUGAUCAGACUAGUGGAGAUAGUAAAAGUAAUAGCGUCAAAUCCGGUCGUGGAAGAAGGUCCGUAAGAUCGGAGAGUUUGGACAGAACCCCUGUGGAAUCGGAUUUGAUUGACAGUAGCGAUGACGAAGCAUCAUCGAGAGGAACAUUAGAGCCGUUUAUACCCACGCCAAAGGAUUUCGAAGGGCAAAAUAAUCCUUUUAGAAGCGUCAACGAUUUGAUAAGUUUUCAUCCAUCGACAACCGUCCCAUCGGUCAAUCCUCCGAUCACGUUACCAUUACCAUUAAAGACUGUGAUUUGUCAUAACGAUCGUCCCAGACUGAAAAAAAGACAGCUUAGCGAAGAAGAUAUUAUAAUAGAUAGAAACGGUUUAGUUAAAAGACGUCGAAGGCAUAGAAAGAAUCAUAUGACGACGACGACGACGAGUGGGGGUAGCACGGCUUCUAAAUCAGCACAGAUAGGACCCGGGGGUGGUGGUAAAAGCAGUAGAAAGCAUUGGACGGUUCGAAGCGAAAAGAAAACUCUUCAACCAUUAAUUAACAAUAGUAGAAAUUUCGCAUUGAACGGUCGUCAAUUAAGAGCGAGAGAUUCAUUGAAAAUGGAUAAAUCGAUUCCUUCGUCUCAGACUUCGCCCAUCAGACAGUCACCGACAAAAGAUGGAAGUGGGGGCGGGGGCGGCGUCAAUGGCGGCGGCGGACCUCUCACAGAAGAUUUAGAAUCAUCCGUGAAAUAUUUUUUCGGUGCUGCGAGUAGAAUAUUAAGCGGGGAAAAAUACGAAAUCCGAGCUAAACGCGUUACUUUCGAUGGUAGGUUGCAAUGCAUUAUAGAUUGGAAAGGGCUACCAACAUAA